AUGUCUUCCCACGUGGUGGUAAUCGGCUCGGAUUUGCGGAGAGCUACUGUUAAGGUCAAUCCAGGGACCUACCUGACGGAUGUCCUUCAGGAGGCUUGUAAGAAGCUCAACUUGUCGAGUGACAAAUACCUCCUCAAGCACAAACAGAAGCAAGUCGACCUAUCCGUUGUGUGGCGGGUGAGCGGCCUCAGUCCUGGUGCCAAGCUGGAACUCGUUCAAAAAUCGAAUACUCCCUCUGUCGUCUCAGUUGCGCUCCAACUACCAGCGCCGGAAUCAAACGCAGCACCGAACGGCAGACUAGUUGACAAGCUUCCCAGCGAUUUUACUUUGUGGAAAGUCCUGCGUCAGUUCGAGAGUGGCGCGGUCAGUCAAGGAAAGAACCUCAACAUCACCGCGCGAGGCGUUGCGCAGACAACAAGCGGAGGAGCGAGUGGUAGCGGCCAGAUGUACUAUGAGACACCAGUACUUAAUAUCAUGGGCCGGGAGUUGGCCUCAUUCGACGACUUCCAGAAGACACUCUCGCAACUGGGGUACAAUUCAGGCACUGUUCUGAUUCGACUGUCCUUUAGAAAGACAGACCAGACUUUGUUCGAGGCCAUGGGUUAUAUCAACCAGUUUUUCUCCGAGGUCGAAGCUGAGGCGAAACAGAGAAGCCAAGCACCUACAAACCCUGAACCUCUAGCUCAGCUUGCACCAGUAGAGCAAACCGCACAACACCCUGCUGCCGAGGACCAUCUAAGUACGAAUGCCUCAGCAAAUCAACAAGCGAGUCAAUUACCAUCUCAAGAAGCAUCGAGUCUCGGAGACUUAGGAAGUGGCGCUAUGGAUGUAGACACAGCCAAACCGACCGACCCUUUGCAACCAGUUAGUGUUUUCCGUGCGCCAACUGGCACAACACCAGCGGCAGCCCUCGCAGAGGUGUCAGAAUCGGACUACACGCCGACGAUCGCGCAUGCCCAGCUGCACCAAGCUCGACUACUACAAAACUCGCAAAAUAAAAGACUCCCGUCAGACAAAGAGUUGGAAGCGCAAGCUCAAGCUGAGGAGGCCCGGUUGGCUGCUGUCUCUACUGUGGCAGUCAAGGUCCGGUUCCCAGACAAUACCUCCGCCCAAUGGACUUUCGGACAUGAAGCCACUGGCGCCACACUUUACCAGGGAGUAAGAUCCGUCAUGGCAUACGACAACCAAGCUUUCAGGCUAGUAAUUCCGGGUAGCAAAAUCUUGAUCAAGGACGAGGAUGCCCCAAAAAACCGCCUUAUCCACGACUAUAAGCUCACCCGCAAUAUACUCUUGAAUUUGGUCUGGGAUGAUAGCGUGCCGGCAGACAUCCGCAAAAGGCCCUUCCUCAAGGGAAGCUUUGCUCAAAAGGCCACCGACAUCACGGUGCCUGACAUUCCGAACUUCGUAGGCGGAAAGGAUGACAGCCACAGUACGGUUCCUGCAUCAAAACCGGAGAGGAGUGAAGGAGAAGGGAGCGCUGCGAAGAAACUACCUAAGUGGCUGAAAUUGCCCGGAAAGAAGUAG